ACUUAUUCAUAGAAAAAAUGACCAUCCGCUGAAGGCAACUUAGCAAUUCCAUAGUCGGUUAAAGAUUUAGUCAAGAACUAAGGAGCGUAUAUUCUUCAUUAAUAAACUAAGCAACAACUUAUCUAGUAUUGGCAAUAUUUAACAUAGUGAAAAAAGAGGCGUUACUACCGGUAUGUCUACAAUAUCUAACGUUGUUUUCAACGAUCACACAGAGUUGCAAAACUAUUACAACUAUAUAAAGUCGUCUACGGAUGAUGAUUCUGCAACUCGUUGGCGAAAUCAAUUUGUGUGGGAGCUGGCCCGGUACCUGGUAGGGGAGGAAAUAGUCGUUUAUCCUAAACUCGCUAAAUUCCUUGGGCAAUAUGGACAAGAUAUGGCGGAAAAGAAUAGAAAAGAGCAUCAAGUAAUAAAGGAAUACCUAUAUAAGUUUCAAUCAAUGAAACCAAGCCAAAAAGAAUUUAUUCCGACGGUUGAUGCUCUUAUGAGCCAUCUUCAGAAGCAUAUUGAAGAAGAAGAAUCUCACGAAUAUCCCGAGCUGGAAAGUAAAUUGGGAGUUGAAAAUUCGAAGCAUUUAGCAAAAACAUUUGAAAGAACAAAAAUACUUGUACCAACUUAUAGUCAUCCAUCGGCUCCUAACAAACCCCCUUUUGAAACAGUCGUCGGACUUUUUGCUACGCCCAUUGAUACUUUGCGGGAUUUGUUAAGAAAAUGGCCUUGAUAGUUUUAUUUUUUCGCCUGAUUCGAUGAAUUUCAGUCCUAUAACCAAUACCAUGUAAAACCUUCUAGAAUCAGUCGUAGGACCGCUGUUUAGGUACGGAUAGUUCAAUCUGAUUUAAGAAUAAAUAGAUUUGUUGAUUUUUCUGUAUGAGAAUACCUGAAUUGGAUUUGGAGAGUAACUAUUGGCAGUAUCGAAUAACUACAGUAGCAAUACUUUUGAUAAUCCAGCAAAAUAAAAAGAAUAAGCAAUGAAUCAAAUUUGAUUUAGUUGCAUCCAAAGCAAUUAAUAAAGAAAAGCUUGUUUGAGUUUCAAUAAAUAUAACCUACAAGUUGGGAGAAUAGAAUGAAUACACACUGUAAUUGGCAACGCAAGACGAAAAGUACUGCUUCUAUACAUCUCCCAUACGUAAAGUAAAGUUGGAAUACGCGAGGACAAACUGUUCCAUUAUCAUACAAAAGAGGAAAUGGAAACUAAUUAUCUUGAAUUAUCUAGAACUGACGGGCAAAAAUAAAGCAACAAGAAAUGAAAACCAAGAAACCAAAAGGAAAAUAAGCAGAAAGUUUUAGUAAAAACAAGUAGCUAAAAGGUUCAAAGAACCACGAGGAC